AUGACAGAAUCCACUUUCCCGCCGUCAACACUCCGUCCUCUCCUCGAGGAAAUCAGUUCUCUUCUCAAGGAAAGAAAGGAGACUGUAUCUGUAGCUGAGACGGCCGCAGGAGGAAUCAUAUCAGCCUCCCUCCUCUCCGUUCCAGGUGCAUCCGCAUACUACAAAGGUGGAUUGACGUUAUACACCCUCGAAUCCCGCAUCGUCUUCGCCGACUGGACACAAGAACACAUCGCAAACUACAAAGGACCAACAACCGCAAUCGUGGCCGGAUUGGCGGAAUCGACUCGCUCAAAGCUGCAGUCUACCUAUACCAUUUCCGAGAGUGGGACGGCGGGACCAGGAGGUGGGAAGGCGAGUCGGAAGCCAGGUGUGGCGUUCCUUGCUAUCGCUACUCCGGGGGGCUCGUAUACUAGGGAGAUUGAUACGGGAUAUGGAGAGGAUAGAGAGAAGAACAUGGUUGGAUUCGCGGAGGAAGCGUUGAAGCUACUCCGGGACGUGAUCAAGGGGGAUGCUAAGCUGUAA